AUGGAAGACUACUUACAUUUACUUUUCUUUAUUUACAACAGACUGUCUGGCUCUUCAAACACAUGGAGCAAGAGAAACAAACUAUAUCGUUCUGAAUGUUCUGUGAAUCUGUCGAGUGGUGCAAAACCUGAAGCUAGAGUUUCGAAUCUUUGCUCUGCAAGAGUACAUAAUUCUGGUACUAGCUUAGUAGAAGACUUUGGGAAAAGGGAGAGUGGUUUUUCUAAAUAUCCACAGUCUAACUUUAAACAAAGAAAUGUGAUCAAAGAUAGGCAUUCUUCAAAGGGUUCUUUUGUAGAUGCUUCAAAAACUGUACCAUCAUAUUGUACUGAGACACAGCGUUCAAAGGAGAAUGUGGAAUUGCACCUGCAGAGCUUGCCAAUUGAAACUUCUGAAGUCAGUGAUCAUUCUGUGAAGCAUCGGGGGGAACGGAGAAGCGAUGGAAGUUAUAGUAGAACACCAGAAGACAGAUAUAGGAAAGAUGUUUCCAAAUCUAACUCCAGUCAUUCUGAUUUAUGGUCAGGACAAUCAGAUUCUAACAAAAAACGGCAUAUGUACUCUGAAUACAGAAGUCCAUAUGACAGAGGUUAUGAAAGGACGUCUUCUGCAUCGUCUUGUCCAGAGAGAGGUCAGACUAGGCAGAGUAUUUCUGGUAAGGAGAAGGAUAUUUUUUCAGAAGACAAAUUGAAAAGAGAGGAGUUUAAUGAAAACAAAAAGAAUGAAAGAAGACCAGAAAAAUCCCAGAGUAUUGACAUUAAAGAUGCUAGUAAAAAGACUGAAGAAGAAAAGUCACCAGCUGGAAGUCAGUAUGCCAGUAAAAUGACCAAGAAGAAAGAAAUUGUGCAGUCUGGCAGUAUAGAUGCUCACAAAAAGACUGACCAAGAAAAGUCACCCACUGUUGACAGACAUAGUUGUAAAGAGAGAGGGAGAGAGAGGUUGUCAUUUGGCAGUAAAAAGACAGAGAGAGAAAUGUCAAAAUAUUUUAGUAAAGAUAUUAGUAACAAGGUACAGAGAGAAAUGUCACCACCUGGCAUUAAAGAUGUUAGUAAAAAAAAUGAGUGGGCAGAGGCUCCAGUCAGAAGUGGAGAUGGUAGUAAAAACAUCGAGAGGGAAGAAACACUAGGCAGCAUGAAAAAUGUUGAUAAAAAAACAGAGAGAGAAAUGUAUGACCUCAGCAGUAAAGAUGCUAACAGAAAAAAGAGUGAACAUUUCUUAAUUAACAACCACAAUAGUAGUAAAAAGACUGAAGGAGAAAACAUUCUACUUUCCUGUAAAGAUGCUUGUAAAACAAUCAGCAAGGAAGAGCCACCAUCCAACAACAAAAACGUUAAUAAAGAGAAGAGAGAAGACAGUCAAGAUGUUAGUAGAAAGGGAGAAAGAGAAGAGUCAUCAGUUAGCAGUAAUAUUGGUAAAAACACAGAACAUGAAAAAUCGCCAGUUAGUAAAAAAGAUAUUAGUAAGAAGAGUGAAAGAGAAAACUCACUAAUUAACAAUAAAGGUAUUGAUAAUUCUUGCUCAGUCUUUUUGCCAACUACCAGUAAAGAUGUUAGUAAAAUGAAGGAAAGGGAAGAAUCUCUAGCAGGCCCUAAAGAUAUUUAUAAAAAGAAAGAGGGAGAAGAGUUACCAUCCUGCAAUAAAGUUAUUGGUAAAAAGACAAUAACUGAAAGCUCACCAGUGUCUAGUAAAGAAGCUAAUAAGACAAAAAGAGAUGUAUCAACAGCUGGCAUUAAUGAUGGUAGUAAGACUGACACAGAGAAAUCAUUAGUCAGCAGUAAAGAUUCUAACAAAAUGGUUGAGAGCGGGGACUCAUUAUCUAUUGCUAAGUAUGCUAAUAAAAAAACAGAGGUAGAAAACUUAGCAGUCGGCAUUAAGGAUGCUAAUGCAGGAACAGAGAGAGAAAGUUCAUCUCUGAGCAGUCAAGGUAUUGGUAAAAAGAAUGAAAGAGAAGAGUCAGCAGAUUUUAGUAAAGAUGCUAGUAAAAUAAUCAUGAGAGAAGAUGUGCAAUCGGUUAAAGAGGCUAGUAAAACAAUUAGGAGAGAAGAAACACCACCUGAUAGUAAAGAUGCUAAUAAAAAGACAGAGAGAGAAAAGAUAGCAGUUGGCAAGAAAAAUGUUGGUAGAAAAACAGAAAGGGAAAAAUCACCAACCAGCACUGAUGGUGUUACUAAAAAGAUGGAAUGUGAAAAGUCUGUGUUCAGCAGUAAAUACUUUGAUAAAAAAUCUAUGACAGAAAAAUCACCAAGCAGUAGUAAAGAUAGUAAAAGGAGUUGUAAACCAGAGAAAAAAACAGUUAAACCAAGGCAAUUUCCUAAGGAAAAAGGGGAACGUUUGCGUAGAUCAGGAAGGUUAAGGAGUCCACACUCCAUGGAUUUGAGUCCUCAAAAGCCUAAUUUGAGAAGUCCUUAUAAAUCCAGUAAAAUCAUCGUAAGAUAUGGUAGUAAGACUCAAGCUUCCAAAGCAGAAGUAAAGAAGUCUAAGGAAAUUGCAGAUGUUAAACGAACAGAUGGUAUUUGUAGAGUCAGAGAUCCUAGGCAUGACAACAGAUCAAAAAGAGACAGAAGUGAAGAUGAAAAUAAAGACAGCAGUGAAAUAAAAAUAUACAGAGAUAAAAUGAAAGUAGUGGGUCAGAAAAGUAAGGACCAACAAUUGAAAUUCAGUCCAGAUCCUGCAAAUGACAAAAAGAAGAGUAUUACAGCUCAGCAAGAAGGUUUAUUACUUGAUGUAAACAAUGUGAACAAUAAAGAAUGCAGUUCUAAGCAAGAGUCAGAGCAGAAUAAUAACCCAAAGGUGUGUUUUAUGGAAAAGCUAAACUUGACUCUCUCUCCUGGAAGAAAGAAUGUUUUAUCAUCAAACUUUGAUGGGUGUACGUCUUACAUUCCCGUCAAAGAAAAUGGAAAAGCUGAGUAUGAGUACAAAGAAGGCCUCCAGUCUAGUAGUAAAAGUGCACAGAAGAGUGAGCUACAGAGUAAUGAAGCACAUAAUCAGAAGACUGAAGGUCAGCAUACAGGAGCAAGCACAGUCCUUAUAGAAGUCGCACAUGAACGCAUUCAGAGCAGUUUGGAAAAUAUUUCUUUACCUGAAACAAUGGAAGAAAUUUGUAGCACUUUAAAAGAAAACACAGUUAAGCAUAGGGAUUCAUAUUUUGCAAAGUCAGACCGUGAUCUAUCAUCUGCUGUGGUUCCUGACCCAAAGGAGAAGUCAUCCACAUACUGUUUGGAAGCUGACAUAACUAGUGCAAGUUUCCAGACUGCAAGAGAUCCUGUGCAGAUUCCAGAAUCACCCCAGAGGAAGUUAGUUGAAAGCAGAGAAAGCGUAGAGGUCUUCAGUGUUGCAGAAUAUGAAGAGACACAAAAAUCAGCACUUUCACUGGAGUUCAGGUGUAGCACUCCAUUUGUGGAUUUUGAAAACAAGCCAUCAACAGGCUUGUCUGAACAAACGUACACUGUUACAGAACCAUCAAAAAUUGUAGAAACUGUUGCUUGCAAACUAAAACAGAUGCAUCUUUCUGCCAAAGGGUUAGGUAGCAGUUUUGCCAGUGAGUUUGUUAUUUCUGCAACCAAACCUGUAGAAGCCCUUGAAGUGUGCAUCUUAGAGGCGUCAUCUGUGUCAAAGGAUGGUAUGAAGACUGCAGAGCAAGCAACUGCGUAUCUACAUGACGAUGAAGGCUCAGUCCAGAGCAUUGAUCUAAACCAAAUGCGACACAUCCCAGCACUUAUAAGCCCACUAACCAGUCCAGUGCGAAUGGGAUCUCAGUUUCAUAAACCAGACAAUUCUAGCAAACAAGCUGUAAUGAACCGAACAGAUAAAGAGCUGUAUUCUGAUAAACGUACAAGUUCUGCUGAAAAGAAUACUUCAACUGAAAUAAACAAAGAAAACCGGAAACCAGACAAUGAACCUGCUAAUAUUUCAGACAAUGGUUCUUACAUCCCUAUCUCCACUGACUUGGAAGAGGGGGAAAUAUUAAGUGAGAUAGAAGAUGAACAAGUGAGUGACACACUGAAUAAAUCUCAUUGUAAAACGUCUCCAAAACGGUUAAAGGCUAGAGAGAGCCACAGACAUAAAAGAGGUUCAGAAACCGUAAAUUCUAGAAAGUGUGGUAAAAAGGAACAUGACAAAAGUAGAAAGUCGCAUACUGAAGCAGCGAGUAGUUCAUAUUGUUUUAGAAGAAAAAAUGACUUGCGAGCAUCUGUUCUACCUUCUUCUCCAAAGAAGUUUGUCACUCCUUCCUCUGUACAUGAAGCAAUGCUUAUGUUAGGAGAAACACGAAAACAAGUACGAAAAAAAUACAUGAAACUUCAUAAAGAUUUAAAGCAACGUCAGUUUGUCAGAGCUAUUGAAGUUGCAGUUAUAGAUUUCAGUAAGAUGAUAAAAACUUUGAACUGGUCCAGGCUGUCAACUGACCAUCAUCUACAGCAUCUGCUCUGUUCCACUAUAGAAACAAAUCUGGAGAAAGUAAAAUCAAAUGGGAUUGUAAGACGUAUUUUUGAUUUGCAGCAUCCAAACAUGAAGACCUCAUUAUGGCUGUUUGUUGAAGAGCAGCUUGAUUAUUUGUUUGAAAAGAUAAAGAAAAUCCUCCAAAGAUCAUAUGAAGGGGUAAAUCGAAAUGUUUCCCGCCAUGACAAAAGACAGCUUGAUAGUGCAGGUGAAUACAAGCCUGACAACAAAAGUAUGUCAAAGCAUAAGAAGCAGCCCAGUCAUAAAGACAGAACACCCAAGUUGUCAGUGUCACAAAGCAGUUUUAGCACCUCAGUAAAACGGUCAUUUUCAGAAGAAAAGAGUGAGAAGCAGCUAAAGAAGAAAUCAUGUGAGCUUAUGGAAAAAAUGACUGAAGUGGAAACUAUAAACCAAUCUUCUGGCAAGCGCCUUUCCUUUGACAGAGCAAGCUCAAAAAUCAAAGACAGCACCCCAGGACCUGAUACUCAUGUGACUACUGCUGUGGAGGAAGAUGGACAUAAAGUUUCAAAAACUGAAAUAAAAUUGCAGAACAGGUCAGCUAUUACCAUUGGAGCCUCUGAAGAAGAGGUCUCUAAGGGUCUUAACUUCACCAUUGUUAAUGAUUCACAGAUGGGGGAGAUGUUUAAGAGUCUUUUGCAAGACUCCCAACAUUUGGAACAAAGUGCUGUAGAAGCAGAAAGUAAUAGUGAGACAUCUAUGCUAUGUCAGACACAGAACUCAGGGUAUCUAAGUGAGGAAAACAUUUCAAGCUGUGUAUCAACCCCUCAGAAAGUUUUCCAGAAAUCAGAAGAAGUUGCUGACAGUUUCUGGUGUACUGUUACCCCAGAGAAGAGCUUAAAUAUUUCUGCAGAACCGAAAACACCAGUUCAGUUAGAUGUUCUGGAUGAAAGUUGCAUGCUAGAAGUUCCUGAUUUUAUGACACAAGGGAAGUUUCCUUUCAGCAGUACAAACAAACAGAGCAGUACAUUUCCCUCUAUUCUUCUUGAGGAUCUGGCUGUCUCUUCAACAGUACCAUCACCUUUAAAGUCUGAUGUGCAUCUGAGUUUCCUACAAACUGAAAAAGAAGGUCAUGUUCCUGAAGUGACAACUCAAGAAGUAAUUACUACCCACUACAGUGAGGGUGCAGUGCUAGAGGAGGGUGAUACGAAUGAACACGACAUUCAUUUGGCUUUAGAUUCUGAUAACUCUAGUAGCAAGUCUAGUAGUUCUACCUGUCAAGAAAACCAAGAAGAUUCUGCUGGUUUCCAGUACCACUCCAGUCUUCCAAUGCAGGCAGUAGUAAUGGAGAAAUCAAAUGAUCAUUUCAUUGUCAAAAUAUGGUGUGCACCUUCACUGACCACUCCAGAAACUGAGGACUUAUCUCAGGUAGCUGAGGCGCAGUCUGUACCUUCUUUAAGAAAUGAGCAUCAAAAACCCCUUGAAGAAAAUUCCAGUACUGGAGAGAGUUCUGAGGACAGUGCUGAGAGAGGUGUUGACAGAAAUGUGUCCUGUGGAGGUAAAACAUCUGAAGUGCUUGUGAGCUCUCCAUUGAGUGAGCAUAAUGGCCCAAAAGUACAGUCAGAAAUUUCAUAUCAAGACUCUUGUGCAUUUGCAAGCAAAGAGGAUGAAAGUAUGGCCACAUCAGAAGCCUUAGUUUGUACCACUGAGGAUGGUGAUCAUAUUCCCCAGGUUAUGCAUACCAUUGAGAUUGAGACUGAGACAGAAGCUGAGCAUGACAAAACAUCAAGAGCUUCUCCUUGUGGUAUGGAAAUGAUUAGCUCUGAGUUUUCAGAGUCAAGGGCAGUGGGACCUUGUAGUUCUCAACAAGCAAAUGAUGUAGUUACUAGAAAAAGGAAAAGGAAGACUGCCUGUCAGCAGCAUACAAAAAAAGCUAGGAAAGAAAUUAAUUGCACAUAUAAAAGAAAUCCAAGUAGAAAGUCUAAAGGUAGUAGUGACUCUGCUUCGGGCAAGAAAUGUAGAAAAAACUUGUCAACUCCUGAAAAAAAGGGAACUUCGCCUGUUAUGUCUCUGUCACCCAACAGUCUUUCAGCAAAAAAUGUCAUUAAGAAGAAAGGUGGAGUAGUGGUUGCUUGGACCAAAGAUGAUGAUAGACAAAUCCUUCUGGAAUGCCAGCAGAAAGGACUUUCUGAGAAAACAUUUGAAGUUUUGUCUACAAAACUAAGUAAAACCCCUGAACAGAUUGAAGAAAGGUUUGAUCAGCUAAUGAAGUUGUUCAAAAGGGCAAAGAAGAUGAAUGCUUGAACAAAUAUUUAUUCUUCCAUAUUGUGUUGAAGUAUGAUUAAAGAAUGAUCCCGGCAUAUUGUGAUACACUGGAAUGAUCUGUAUUCAUUGUCUCUACACACCAUCAAGUGCCUCCUGAUAGUGACUGCUGAGGAUUCUGCAUGCAGUAAAAACAUGAGAGAGUGGUGCACAUCACUUGUGCACUGAUGUAAAGCAAUAAUAUACUAAAACCGACCAUCUGAAAAGCUGUUGUAUUCUAACAUUUAUUUAAAAUAUGUAAAGCAGAAUGUCUUUGUGUCAUUCUAAUGAUAUUCUACCGAGAUUUCUGCACGGGCAAGGCCUGGAAAUUGGUCAAAGGCAAAAUAUGCAGAUGUUUGAACUCUUGUGUUUGUUUUGCAACCAAUUCUGCUGUGAUUUGUUAAAUUUCAGAAGAAUCGUUUCUUUUGUUAUUCCAUAGGUUUCAUCCCCUGAAAUUAAAUCUGACACUAAUUUUUUGUAAAAAGUGCUCAACACACUUUAAGUGCUACAUCUUAGGAUAUAGAAAUUUGCAUUUAGACUAUGCUGUAAAUUUCUGUUGAAUAUGUGACUUCAACUGGGAUAAUGAGGAGACGAGAAUUUCAAAAAGUUGUAACAUAUUCACAUUGAGAUAUCGAUUCAGUAAACUGGCAUUCCUUCCUGGUUUCCUCUUCUUCAUUGCUCCUUUCAGUUGCUAGGAUUAAACACAGCUCCUUUUGACCAAUAAUUAGGAUAAAGUUGUUUUGGAAAAAUUAAUGAAAAAUAGCCUUCUGAAACCUCCCAGUUUUACUGAAUUCCAUACAGCUUUAUCUGUCUUGCUUGCAGAGAAAUCACAAGGAGGCAAAAGUUACAGCUGUUAUUAUUGCAAUUACAAGCACACAAUAACCAUAGUUGAUUGUGUAGAUAUUAGAGAUAAGUUCAGCAGUUGUUUCAGAGGCCGCAAACUACUUCAGCCUGAAAAGUGCAGAACUGGCUUUGUGGUUAGGAAGGCAUGAGAUUGACUGUCGCAGAUUCUUCAUGCAGUUUUCAUAAGGAACUGUUCAUGACUGUCUUAUGUUUUUUUUACUUCAAACUGUUAACUUGCAUCAGAACAUUAUGCCUCCAGAAAUGCACCGUCUCAGAUGGACCGUCCUGAGUGAAUAAAUAAAUGUCUUCAAUAAUGCAUUUUUGGCACAGUAUACAAAGUGGAGAAGAGACGGACACAGUUACUUCGUACUACUUAGUUCUGAAGCACUUUUGUCUGCCUCUGACAUGCCAUUUCAAAGACUGUCACUUGAAAAUGUAUAAUAAUCUGUAUAUGCAUUUUGUUUGUAAACACCAGUUUCUUCAAGCUAUGGAUAUUUUAUAAUGCGCUUACACUGCUUAAUAUGAAACUGUAACAUUUAGUUAUUUUUAUAAUGUGUUGUGUAAGUAGUUUGUAUGUUUUCUUUAUCCUUUUUAAACUGUCUUUUUAACAAAUGUAUAUUACAGUUUGACAAAGAUGAAAUGUUUAGAGAGGGCUCACUUUGAGGUUUUCAUGUUACUGAAAUUGGGCAAGGAAACAUUUUUAUCUCUGUUUUAAGAGCGUUUUUGCUCAUGAGUCAUGGAAAGUUAUAUUUUUGUUAACUGUGGUGACAGCUUUCUUUACGCUUGCUUGAUGAGCAGUUUUCUGAUGAUUUGGUAUUACUGAUGACAUUAUUUAAAGUAGGUAGUUCUCCAAGGGAAGCAAACCCCUCCCGCUGUAAGAUACUUUAAAAUAUUAUUUUAAUAUGUACAUAAAACACAUGAACUACUUUA